AUGUGAUUGCAUGUCAUGAGGUGAUUGCUCUCCAGCCUCCAGCCUCCGUGGCUCAGUGUAUAAACCACUUCUGCCACACUGUCACUCAUGGACAAUUCAGAUUUUUCAUUUAAACAGUCCUAUUGGCUAUUUUUAUUUUCUCAAUUCUUGUUUCCCCCUUGUUUCUUCUUAACGUUGGGAGCUUUAUUCUACCCUCUGAUGUGAUUGAUAGUCCUGCUUCUCCGUGCUGCUGAUUUCAGUUUAAACUACAAUGGCUCUAAGUGGCAACUGCAGGACUUACCUUCCUGCCCGGGAGCAGGGGCCGGGGCUGCACUCCUUCCCCGAGGUGGUGGAGCUCAACGUGGGCGGCCAGGUUUACUUCACUCGCCACUCCACCUUGGUUGGCACCCCUCACUCCCUGCUCUGGAAAAUGUUCACCCCAAAGAGAGACACAGCCAACGAUCUGGCCAAGGACUCCAAGGGAAGAUUCUUCAUCGACAGAGAUGGUUUCCUGUUCCGCUAUAUUCUGGACUAUCUCAGGGACAAGCAAGUGGUUCUGCCCGACCACUUCCCAGAGAAGGGAAGGCUCAGGAGGGAGGCUGAGUACUUCCAGCUCCCGGACUUGGUCAAGCUCCUGACUCCUGAUGACAGCAAGCAAAGCCCUGAUGAUUAUUGCCACAGCGACUACGAAGAGGUGUCCCAGGGCAGUGACACCAGAAUCUGCCCCCCCUCGUCGCUCCUGCCGCCCGACCGCAAGUGGGGAUUCAUCACCAUCGGCUACCGUGGCUCGUGCACCAUUGGCCGGGAGAGCCAAGCAGAUGCCAAAUUCAGGAGGGUCCCAAGGAUUUUGGUUUGUGGAAGGAUUUCUUUGGUCAAAGAGGUUUUUGGAGAAAGUUUGAAUGAAAGCAGAGACCCGGACAGGGCUCCAGAAAGGUACACCUCCAGGUUUUAUCUCAAGUUCAAGCACCUGGAGAGGGCUUUUGACAUGUUGUCCGAGUGUGGAUUCCACAUGGUGGCCUGUAACUCCUCGGUGACGGCUUCCUUCGUCAACCAGUACACAGACGACAAGGUCUGGUCCAGCUACACCGAAUAUGUCUUCUACCGUAAGUACCGGCCGCACGGGGAGGGGGAGAGCAGCGCCGAGCUCGGGCUGCUCCGUGCCGUUCACUGA